CUUCUUCACGCAAUGCCUGACAGUGACCGCGUCGACCUAUGUAUAAAAGCAUUCUCCCAGGCGGAAGCCAAACCCAUUGCGAAAUGGAAAGGCUACGCGAACUUACUCAGCGGAUCAGACCGUCGGAUGUGGAUGAGGGCCGCAUUGGAUCCAUCGAGCUGAAUGUGUGGCUCGCCCAGUUGACGGGACUCCCCCUCUCUGGACUGAAGCCGGAGUCGAGGGCACAGAGCAUCCGCAUUCUCGUCGUCAGUGGAGUGGUGCUGCCGUUACUCUUCUGCUAUGUGCUCUUGGAGAUCUAUGAUCUGGUGCUCAAUUGGGACGAUGUGGAUAUCAUGACACAGAAUGUUGUAAUGACAUUGACCCAUGUGGGCUACUGGUUCAAGGUGCUCAACACAUUCUACUGCUACGAGGACAUCCGGCAGGUAGUUGCCACACUGAAGCACCUCACUAGAACCUGCAUUUUGUCUCCCCAGCAGAGGGAGAUCUUCCAUCGGCUGGAAGUGGAGAACAAGUUUGUGUGUCUCUUUUACUUCUGCCUGGUGGUAUUCUCCUCCACGCUUGCCAUGGUCAUGCUGCUGACUGUGCCGGAUGAUAUGGCCGGAAAGCGGUUUCCAUAUCGCGUCCAUAUGCCCCACUUUCUGCCUCCCAAAGUCCAGCAUUUGUACAUGGGGCUGAGCAUCAUCUGGAUAUCGUGCGGCAUUCCGACCAUCGACAACGUCAACGUGGUGUUUAUGAACCAGAUAUGCAUGCACCUCAAGGUCCUCAACUUGGCCUUCGAUGACCCGCAGCUCCAAGUGGAUCCCAACAGUUGGAUGGUGUCCAUUGUCAAGUAUCACUGCGUCGUAAUCAACUUGCGUCAGCAACUGGAGCAGAUUUACCGCCUUCCCGUCAUGUUUCAGUUUGUGUCGUCGCUGCUGGUCUUUGCCAUGACCGUUUUCCAGGCGCUUGUGGGCGAUGGUUCCGGCAGCUCCGUGCUCAUCUACUUUCUCUUCAGCGGCGUCUUCUGUCAGAUAUUCCUCUACUGCUGGUUCGGCAACGAGGUCUUUGAGCAGAGCAAAACCCUAUCAACCACAGCCUUUGGCUGCAAUUGGCAUGAAUUAGAUGCUGAGUUCAAGAGGACGUUGCUCAUCUUCAUGAUUAAUGCGGAUCGACCGCUCCUCUUCACCGCCGGCGGCUUCAUGGGCCUCACCCUGACGAGCUUCGCCAAUAUCCUGAGCAAGUCCUAUUCGAUUGUGGCAGUGCUCCGUCAGAUGUAUGGCGGGGCCCAUUAAAUGGCUCUCAAAAUAAACCACUUACAUGCACUUAGCCCCACUACAUUAAUUUGAUUAUUGGAUGUCCUCACACAUUACCACACUGCCACAUGAUUACUAUUAUUUGGUACUUACUUCCUUGAGGGUAUUACAAGGUAUAUCCAUCUUUCCAGCACCAGGGUUUUACCUUACAUCUAUUUGCCCAAGCCCUUAUUAUCCAGUAACUGGGUAUCACAUAGUCCGUAGCAGGUACAUGUCGGUGUUUUUCCUUACAGGUUGUAUCUGUCUUAUAAAGUGUAUUUUCUCCACUUCUGUUGGAAUUAUAAAUUUGAAUCGCUGUAAUGGAAGACAGAAAUGUAUAUAAUCAAACAUUGAACUGUGCUUCAAUCAAUGGGUCAAGUUUUUUCUUUCGUUAAAGGGGUAUUCCGUUUGAGAAUGGGAAUUAGAAACAUUAAAUGCACUACCAAUUCCGGAAAAAAAUCGAAAGUGUAUGGAAAGGGAUGAGGAGCUCAUAAAUUUACUCUAGAAAUGAUUAAAGUCUACAAAAAUG